GGUUUCCUGUUUUGACAUGUUUAGAUUGAAUUGAACCCAUUACAAUUAUACAAAGAACCAAAUGAAUUUUAUAGGUGAACUUUGAUUCAGAAACUCAUGAGAGGCAUGAAUCGACUAAUUGCAUUUGAAAUGUAAACUGCAAAUUGACUCAAAUAAGGAUGCUUUAUCUUCAUGUCUGAAUCAAAUAUAUAGUUAGAUAAAUAUCAGAUAAACAAAAGUUAUUUUGAACCGUUCCAUUUUUAUGAAUCAAUCAGGUGCCUGAUCACAAAGCCAGAUCAGAGCAAAAAAAGUCUAUAAGGUAACUCUUUGUUAAUUCCAAACAAAAAACUCAAUUUACUGCCAACCCUUUAUGACGCAGAGCAUUUUAGGUAAAACUUUCCAUUGACGUGAACCAAUCAGAUGAAAGUUUACAUCUGCAUUAAGACCCUAACCAGUUUCAUUGAAAGUGUCACACGCACAAUCACUCACUGAGAUGGAGAGGACAAGACUUGCUCUCAUCGCGCUCAUGUGUAAGAAAACAAACUUUAGCUAAAUAAAAAAUGUCACUAAUGUGAAUAUUUAGGUAUAAUGGUACAAUUUGAAGUGCUUCAUGAAGUUAUGUUGUGCUUUUACAGAUGUCUUACUGUUCUGUCAGAAAAGAAUCUUUGGAGAAGAAGUGGAGAUGAAAGUCAGACCAGGAGACAACAUCACUCUCUACUGUGAUCGCUCUGUAACCCUUGGUUCCAAAAUUGUAUGGAUAAGAAACUGCUCUCAUGAAAAUCAGCCUUCUCUCAUAAUAGAUUAUAAGAAACUGUACCUGGAGAUAUUUCAGCGAUUCAGCUUUAUCCACAACCCUUACAGUAAAUCCUACGAUUUACAUAUUACUAACAUCAGUGUCUCUGAUCUGGGACUGUACUACUGUGCAAAACUAGAGAAUAAUAUAAGGAAAGAUGCAAAAGGCAUCAUUUUCUCAUCAGAAGUGUACUAUUAUGGAAACCAAACUCGUCUCUCUCUGAAAGUUGAGCAAGUAUCUUCCUGUUCUGGACCCUUGAAUACUACCUCAAUACCACCUCCUGUAUCAGACUGUGUGCUCUGCUGGACGCUGCUGUUCAGUGUGUGUCCAGUGUGUGUUCUCCUUUCCUCCAUCUGUGUGUACUGUGUCUGUUGUAAGAAAACUACAGAUGCUGUGACAGAUCAGAAAGACAAGUUAAAAGGUAGAAACAGAGCUGAGUGCAUGGAUGAAGAGGUGUGUUAUGCAUCUUUAGAUGUGACCAUCAAGAGACAAAAACAAUGCAAGAAAAAGCGAGUGCAGAGUUCUGACUUCAGUACUUACGCUCAGGUCAGAACACAGACUGAAUAGACGUAAACAGAACAGAGGUGGAUUCUGAAACUUUCCAAAUAUAAGGAAAUCUGCAGGUUUUAUUGUCAUGUAACAUCACAUGUAAUCGUACAAGGUAGAGGACUUUUUAUUAUUACAUUUGAAAGUAAAAUAUAUGUAAUUACAUACUUGGAUACCUUUUACAUUGAUAUUUUUAUGAGCUAAAAAAUUCUAACCUGAAUUGUUACUCUGGUACUCAUUUUUUUCCCACCUCUAAUAGAAGUGUGUUAGUACAGUCUUUGUGGAAACACAGUGAUGAUCUGAAUAACAGGAUGUGCAAGUAGGUUACCUUUGUGAAGUGGUGUUUAGUUUAAGGUGUGUAUAUUUUUCUUAAACUGAAUGACUGCAACAUCUAUCUAACUCAUUUUUACAAUUAGCCCAGUUUCUCCAAAACACACUAUAUGCUGAGUAGGAUAGCGUGUUUGGAUAACAGCUUGUGACAAUCAAAUAGCAGGCAGUAUUAAAACUAUCUUAAUACUAUAAAGAAAAAAGAUGCCCACAUUAGUUACUCCUCAGUAGUAAUAUACAUUCUUUGUUUUUAUUUUUAUUACUUUCCUUCAGACUGAUGCAUGUUAGAUCUGCCUGUUUACUAACUGAGCAUUUGAUUUUGUUGAACAGUUAAAAUCAAAUUAAAAUCAAAGUAAAUUUGAAUAAAAUAUUCAAAGCAUCAGAGUUUCUUUUCAAAGGGGUUUCCAUUCAGUUUAGUGCUUGUGUGCUUAUGAGAGAAAUAGGAAAAGAAAUAGGUAGGACCCCAGUCAGCAAAUAAAUCUGGCAUUCAUCCAGCACUGGCAUACAGCAUGUGGGCCAAACAUGGCCCGGGUUUGGCAGAGAUGGCACUGGGUUAAAGACGGCACCCAAGACAUGGACCAGAUAUCAAAUGGAGUAUAUUUGGCCCAGAUGUCAAAUACAGAUAUGUUGGUCAUAUUUGUAUGGCCGAUCUUGACCCACAUUUAAAACCCAUUUCAAAUAUUUUUGAGUAAAAUCCCAAUGUUUUCCCAUACAGAAAGGUAAUAUAUUCGCAUAUAUGUGAAACACUGUAAAAUAUAUUGAAAUACAUUUUGAAAAUAUAUUUUUAAAAUGCAUAACAUAAAUCUCAUGUUGCGUAUUUAUGUGUGUUUACAUGUGA